UUGGGAACCAGCAAUUUAGCGCCUAAAUCGUAUAUUCAUAUUCAGAAACGUGGUCUCCCGCCUAAAGCUAUAUUAUACCAAAGAAGUAGAGAGACACGAUAUGAUUAUGAAGUGAUAGCAUCAGGCGUUAUGAAAACUGAAGCGAAUGCAAAAGGAAAAAUGGUCUCUGCGACGAACCCUAACCCUAAAAAUGUGUACCACAUCGGAGGCCUUCAAGUGGAAUUUCCUUACCAACCGUACGGGUCUCAGUUUGCAUUCAUGGGUAGAGUAAUCUCAACGCUUGAUCGAGCUCAGAGAGAAGGCCAUUGUCACGCGUUGCUCGAGUCUCCAACCGGUACUGGCAAGUCCCUUUCGCUUCUCUGUUCCUCUCUCGCUUGGCAGCGCCAAUAUAAAGAUAAAGCUAAACAGCACAAACUCAACCUCGCUACGGAGGCAACCACCGAUCCUCUUGCUCAUGGCGGCGGAUUUGUUCCGGAGGAGGUUUCGCUUUCUUCUGCAUCAGAAAAUGUGGACCGUACGCAGCCUGAGGUCGGCAACAAGAAGCAGAAGAAAAAGGAAGCGCCGACUAUAUAUUAUGCCUCGAGAACGCACUCGCAAAUUUCUCAAGUGAUUCGUGAAUUGCGGAAAACGGCAUACAGGGUGCCUAUGGCUGUGUUGGCAUCACGGAAGCAUUAUUGCACAAAUAAAAAUAUAAUUGGCAAAGAUAAUAUCAAUGAAGAAUGUAAACUAUUAUUGAAAGAUCAGGAAACAGGGUGUCCGGAAUUCAAAAAUGCACAUAAAGUCAAAAGUCAUCAAUCCCUUCAGAAAGGAGGAUGCAAUGAGGUGCAUGACAUAGAAGAUCUUGUAAAAGUUGGGCAAGUGGUAAAAGGUUGCUCUUAUUAUGCAGCUCGUUCUAUGUCAGAUGAUGCACAGUUGGUAUUCUGUCCAUAUAACUACAUCAUUAAUCCAGUAAUACGGGCAGCAAUGGAUGUGGAUAUUAAAGGAGCCAUAGUGAUUCUUGAUGAAGCUCACAAUAUAGAGGACAUUUCUCGUGAUGCUGGCAGUGUGGAUCUUGAAGAGGAUGUUUUGGAUAAACUACAAAUGGAGCUCCAGCAACUUUGUUCUGUUAAUGCUGCAAUUUACCAACCGCUAUAUGAAAUGGCACAGGGCCUUACUAGUUGGAUGGAACAAAAGAAAAACAAGCUAGAAAAACGUGAUUUUCAGCACUAUGUGUCGUGUUGGACUGGUGAUAAUGCUUUAAGAGAGCUUGAAGAAGCAAAUAUUUCAAAGCAGUGUUUCCCUAUCUUGCUAGAAUGUGCUACCAAGGCAAUCAAAAUUGCUACUGACUUGGAGACUGAUGCACAGCAUUUAAGUGGCAUGUCAGUGAUAACAUUGGAAGGCUUUUUCUCAUCACUGACUUAUUUCUUCUCAAGAAAUGGAUCUCACAUGUUGGAUUACCAGCUUGCUCUUCAGCGAUGUGUUAGAAAAGAUAGUGGAAGAGCUUUUGGAAACUGGACACACACUCUAAGUUUAUGGUGCUUGAAUCCAGCAGUUGUGUUUAGAGAUGUUGCUGAUCUUUCUUUAUCAGUCAUCUUGACUUCUGGGACACUGUCACCAAUGACUUCCUUUUCUUCCGAGCUUGGAGUUCAUUUUGAAACUAGUCUAGAAGCUCCUCAUGUAAUUGAUGUUGACUCACAGGUGUGGCCUGCUAUAAUCUCCACUGGGCCAGGCAAUUAUCCUCUGAAUGCAAGUUAUAAAACAGCAGAUGGAUAUGCAUUCCAGGAUGCGGUUGGAAAAUCUUUAGAGGAAAUCUUCAAGAUUGUUCCAGGUGGAUGUCUAGUGUUCUUUCCAAGUUAUAAAUUGAUGGAAAAAUUAUGCAACCGUUGGUCUGAAACAGGUCAAUGGUCUAGGCUAAAUGCAGAAAAGUCUCUUUUUGUUGAACCAAGAGCUGGAAGCCAAGAUGAUUUUGAACUUACAAUAAAGGGGUAUUAUGAUUCAAUUCAUCAUGGAAAAAGACCUGCAUUGGGAGGGAAAAAAAGGAUUAAGAAAAGUGAUCUAAAUCAUGUUCAUGCAGUCGAUUCCUUACAGAAUUCUAUGAAAGGAGGAGCUGCUUUACUUGGUGUUUGUCGAGGAAAGGUUUCUGAAGGUAUUGAUUUCUCUGAUGAUAAUGCCAGAGUAGUUAUUAUUGUUGGUAUUCCAUUUCCCAACAUAAAUGAUAUUCAUGUUGCACUGAAGAAGAAAUUUAAUGACACCUACAAAUCAUCCAAAAAUCUAUUGAGUGGAAAUGAGUGGUACUGCCACCAAGCAUUCAGAGCUUUAAAUCAAGCAGCAGGGCGCUGUAUUCGACAUAAACUUGAUUAUGGAGCAAUCAUCCUAUUGGAUGAACGUUUUCGGGAAGAAAGAAAUAGGGCAUUCAUUUCAAAGUGGCUAAGAAGACCGCUGAGAGUAUAUGACAGGUUUGAUAUGUCAUUGGAGGGACUAAAAUCAUUCUUUGAGGAUGCCAAGGAACAAUAUGGCAUAAAUACAGUGCAUGCCACCAAGAAGUUGGGUUUAAAUGACGAGGAUGUACAAAACAAGGAUCGGAGUGCAAGGUUCACAAGAAAGAAAAAUCAGAAACUGAACAAGUCUGAUAAUGGAGAUGGGAGAGAAACAUCAUUGAUUCAGACUAACAUCUCUUUUCCCACACUAACCCCUCAAGAUCUUGUUGAAAGCAAGCCAUUAGCUCAAAAGAAUAGUAACACAUACAAGUGUAAAUAUCACUCACAAUGCUGUAAUCAGACAGAGCCAAGGUUCACUGGGGAAUCAUCUGUGGCAAUCAUACAUGAGGAAACUUCCAUUGUCAAGGAAACCCCUUGCAUUGAUGUUGAUGACGAUCUCAGUAGCCCAGAUUACUCUAAGAAUGACAACUUUGGUUCCACCAUGAUUGAGGCCCCAGCUCCAUCUGCAGAUCACUUAUCAAGUCUUUCAAUGUCUUUAACCAGCGGAAGUAAAAAUUCUUCAAGGGCCCAGUCUUCAAUAACAAUUACUCCUAAAAAAAAUGUAAUUACAAAUGAUAUUCUAGAAAAGGAAUCAUCUUUGAAUUUAAGUGUUAAUUCUCACAAUCCAAAAAGGAGAAAGGCCAUGGUCACUCCGUUUAUAAACCUCGUUGAGGAAGAAAAUUUUACUGCAUCUUGUGCCAGUCCUCUUACAUGGUACAGAAAAAGCUCUGUAGAUAUUAGAGAGAUAUCUCAAGGAAGUGAAUGUGGUUUUGAGAGAACUUUGAAAUCAAAUUCUUCUUCAUUACUGACAAGCAAUAUACCUGGUUCAUGUUCACCAACUGCCCCUCCACCGGACAAAAGGUUACAGAUAUUUUGUUCACACUGCAAAGGUCCAUUGGGCCGACCUGAGAAUCAUCUCUAUCUUACAUGCUUGUUGAAUUCAUUAUCAAAAGUCCAUUUAAGAUCCCUUUUGAAACAGAGGCUGAAAACUUGCACUACUGAUAGUGUACCAGUUAUUAUUACUGAUUCUUUAUUUGUUGACCAACGAAUUUGCAAUAGAAUACCCAAAAGUGCUCCAGAACAGGGUAUUUGGUGUCCAGAAGAUGGGUGUGUCUUCAGCACUAUUUUCUGUCCCUUUUGCAGUAAUAUCGACAAUUUGCUAGGAGUUCAGAUCAUGGCUACCGAUUCAUCAAAUGUUCAGUUACUUGACAAGAUAUUGUUUUUCUUUGACUCUUUGGAAGUGAAGAGCGGCGAGGAGUCAGGGAACAUUGCUUCAGGGGAAGGGGAUCUGUUGCCAGUUAAUGACUCUGGCAUGGAGAAAAUUGCUGUCUUAAAUUCUAUUGAGAAAUAUUCUUAUCAUCCCCAACCAGGGAAUUCAGAAAUCUCGAAGACUACUAGAAAAUCUAAGCAAAAACUAAGAGGCUUGCACCGUGCAGCAAACCAAAGUUGAAGCUAGUAAUAUUGGGGUUCUGAUGCAGUUUUUGGUAACCUGUUAAGAAUACAAAUUGAGGAUUAGUUUGUACAAUUUUUCCUGACUUAAAGUUGUCACCCGCAUAAUACAAGGAUACUAAGUAUGAACCUGAGUUGGUGGUUCCGAGAGUAUCUCAAAGUUACCUCCCAGAUAACAAUGACUUCAAUUGCAGUGGUGCAUCUGUAUAGAAAGUUUUAAGGGGUGCUUUCUUUCGUACAUUUUGGAAAAUGAUCUCUACUUACAUAUGCUGACUUAGUUGAGUUUUUCUGUAAAGCAUUCCCAAUAGUAAUAUCCUUCCUGAAUGGAGCUAUGUUGAAAUUGAGGUGUUGAUGUUGCUUUAGUACGCCCCAUCCAGGUGUUGUAAUAUUAUUACUCAGCCAGGCAGGGAAUUGUAUAUGUUUAUCUAAAGCAUUUAAGCCUGAUUUCCUGAUGAUAAAAUUAAAGUUCUUAUUAUAUCAACAAAA